AAAAGUCCGAAACGCAAAAUAUAAGAGCAGAGCAGUAGUUCCUUCUGGAAGUGGAAGUGGUGCAGAAAGAAGGAAAAACCCUUUCCCUCUCAUAGUUGAAUCAGAUUCAGAUCAAGAAAACACUACGCCAUGGAUGAGCUAACCUCUGCUCUCAAUGCCCACAUGGACCAAAUGGCAGAUCUCGUUGAGAAAAUGUCUGCCGAGCUUCGCUCCGGACUCAAACCCGCCUACGACAAUUUCAUCGGCUUUUUCCACGCCAUUGACUGGACGGAACCUUGGUUGGUAGGGUUAAUUUCCUUCCAUGUUGUGUUGCUGCUACUAGCAGUCUUCUUGAGAAAGAACAUCAAUUCUCAGAUGUUCUUAUUCCUUCUUGCAUUAGGAGGAGUUUACUUUGCAGAGAAUCUUAACAAAAUAUUGGCUGCCAAUUGGAAAAGCUUUGCACGGCAGAAUUAUUUUGACGCACACGGCCUCUUUCUUUCAGUGCUCUGGUCUGGACCUCUUUUGGUCAUUUCAAUCAUAAUCUUGGUGAACACACUAUUUUCCAUGUGCUACUUGAUCGUUAGGUGGAAAAAGGCUGAGCUUAGACACCGUGCAAGACUAGCUCGUAACAAGGAGGACUGAGACAACUCAUUUGAUAUUGUAUUUUAUGAUAGUUCACCUUCUUUAGUCUUUACUCCCUCCUUUUUUCCAUUUUGUUUACUUUUGGUUAUAACUAUCGGCAUAUUCUUCAAAGAAUCAAAGACAUGGAAAAAUGAGAAGAAUUGUAUUGUGUAGCUUAGUGUAUACUUUUACAGGAUGCUGUUUGGUCAACCAGAGAGCUUUUUGCUAAGUUGUCAUCUGCUUGACUGCUUGUAGUAUGAUUUUGAUUCAAUAGAUGAACUAUUAGAGAAGGGGUAA